AUGCAUGAAAUGGCUAAGAAGGCAGUGUUGAUAGGGUGCAACUAUCCAGGAACAAAGGCUGAGCUGAAUGGGUGUGUUAACGAUGUAAGGAGGAUGCAUGAAUGCCUCAUUCAGAAUUAUGGAUUCUUAGAUGAGGAUAUCACUGUUCUCAUUGACACGGAUGGUUCUUAUAUUCAACCUACUGGAAAGAACAUUCGAUUUGCCAUGUCUAGGUUGGUUCAAUCAGCUCAGCCUGGUGACAUGCUAUUUAUCCACUACAGCGGUCAUGGCACCCGUCUCCCUGCAGAGAUCGGGGAUGAUGAUGAUACUACUGGCUAUGAUGAAUGCAUUGUUCCUACGGAUAUGAAUCUCAUCAUUGAUGAUGAUUUCAGAGAGUUUGUAGCAAAGGUACCUGAGGAUUGUAGGAUCACAAUAGUAUCAGAUUCUUGUCACAGUGGUGGAUUGAUUGAAUUAGCAAAGGAACAAAUAGGAGAUAGCACGCAUGAAGGAGCACCAAAUUCAUCACCAGGCUUAAAAAACAUCCUUCACAGAACUAGGGAUCGUGAUAGUGAGGAAGAACAUCAUGGGAAGCACAACUAUGUGAAGAAUAGGUCUCUUCCUCUCUCAACUUUUAUUGACAUACUAAAGGAGAGAUCCGGGGAAAAUGAUGUAGAAAUUGGAAAGAUACGACAUACAUUAUUUCGUAUCUUCGGGGAAGAUGCUAGUUCUAAAGUGAAGAGCUUCAUUAAGUUUUUGUUGAAGAAAUUUCAACAGGGAGAUGGUGAGUGUGGAGUUCAUAGUGGGAUUUUGGGGAUGGUGAAAAACAUUACCCACGGACUUGUCAACUAUAAGCUGAAUGACAAUGAUGAAGAGUACGAAGAUCCGGUCAUGUCAUAUGCUACAUUAGCUAAGCAUAAAACUGUGGAGAGUGGAAUUCUACUGAGUGGUUGCCAAACUGACCAAACUUCUGCAGAUGCAAGCCCUGAUGGAAAUUUGGAAAAAGCUUAUGGGGCUUUUAGCAAUGCCAUACAAGCUAUAAUUGCAGAGACUGGUGGUGUAGUUACAAAUCGACAGCUUGUGCUGAAGGCUAGGAAGAAACUUCACAGGCAGGGUUAUACUCAGAAGCCUGGACUUUAUUGUAGUGACGACAAUGCCAAUGCUCCUUUUGUGUGUUGA